AUGAACAACACUACAAUUCUACCCAAAACAGGAAUUUCAAACCCGCCAUCGCCGCCUAAUAGCAACGUUGACAUGGUUCUUCAAGUGUUGUUUGGCGUUAUUGCCGCGGCUUCUUUCCUAUUCAAUUUGUUGUUCUGUGUCCUGCUUUUAAAAAGGCCUUCCAUGUUGAAGAAAGGACACAAUAUUCUUCUGUUUAGCCUAGCAGUGGUUGAUAUGCUUACCGGUGAGUUCCGUCAGUUCCCAUCACCCAGGCAUAACUAACCAUUCAUAGGCAAAAGGGACUUAGGCACAAAUGUGCCGGCUCACUUUUCUGGGUGGUUUAGGCGGUCCUUAUAAUUGGGAUGACCUCAAAAGAUUUGCAAUUAGUCUUUGAAGUAAAAUUUAAUUCAUUGCACAGUUCUUUUCACAGACUUCGUUUCAUUUCAUAAUCAACUGAGAGUCAAAUGGUUGUAAAGCCCGCCAGACUCCUUUGAGGACGUGGCGGUGCACAACGUUCGAUGACUCAUCCUAUCAUUUUGAUCUUAUUGACCAAUAAAAGAAGUCGCAUUAAUCUAUUCAGUUACAAUUUUUUAACAAAAAACAACACCGUAAUUUUUAGAGAGUUAUUAUAACUCCAAAAAUGGAGUAAAAAUUUUAGGUACAGGAUAACCCCUUUUUUGGGGUUAUUUUAACUCCGGAUUUAACUCCGAAUUUGGGGUCAUUUUUACCCCUCAAAAAGAGUUGUUUUUACUCCCAGUCUGGAGUUAACAUAACUCCUAAAUUGGGUUGCUGUUACUCCUUACAUGGGUUGUUUUUACUCUUUUUGGAGUUAAUUUAACUCUGAAAGUGGAGUAAAACUUUUAGGUACAGGAUAACUCCUUUUUGGGGGUUAUUUUAACUCCUCAAUAUCUGGGGUCACUUUUACUCCUGACAAAGAGUUCUUUAAACUCCUUUUUGGAGUUAAAAUAACUCCCCAAAAAAUAACUCCACUGUAAGGAGUUAAAUUAUUCCCACUAGAGGAGUUAUUAUAACUCCUUGAAAAUUACUGUGAAAGGAUUGUGCACCGUCGGAGAGCUUCCAACAUAAACUGCAGCAUUGUUGUUUUUAUCUUUGAUCAAUGCCGCCUUUCAUAACCAGUGUCCUCUACUAACUGUGAUUUAAUGCAUUUUUUUCUGGUUUCUUUCUUCCUUUUAGGUAUUUUUCUGGUUGCUACUCCAGGAUACGUCAUUUCUAAGUCCUCCUACCCAGUCCCCAGCGGAAUAGGAGGGGAGAUUUUCUGUCGUCUGCUAGAUAACAGAUAUCUGCUGUUUGGAAUGGGCAAAGUAUCGAUUCUUCUCGUGGCCUGUCUUGCCAUUGAGCGUUGGUACUGCGUCCUAAAGCCUACUCAAUACAGGCAGCAGUUUAGCAGAAAGCGUAUCAUUAUUUACGUUUUCAUGUCGUUCAUUGCAACUUGUAUUCUUUCAAUGAAUAAGUUCUUUGAAAACAGCCUAUCUGGCAACAAAUGCGCUUCCAAAAAAGCUCCCUACGGAAUUUAUGGCACAAGAGCUUUUGUCUUCGCCUACAGUUUUGCCGCGUUUUACAUUCCUUGUUUUGUAACAUGGCUAACGUUUUGCCACAUCACACUGCAUUUUCCAUCAUCCCCCGGGGACAAUAACGAAAGCGUCAAUAAAAAGAGGCGACAGAGAGCGCUAUUGCGCAUGUGCGCUUUAACGGCCAUUGCCCUAACUGUUUGCGGCUUUCCCACUCAAACCUUUUACAUUCUCUAUCCUUUUGGAAUUACGAAGCUUGGUAGCCCAUUGCAUAAAGGAUUUAACGUUCUAGCGCUUUUUAAUUCGUGCAUGAACCCUUUGAUUUAUUGGAUCACUAAUAAGGAAUAUCGAAAAGAGUUCAAAAAACUUUGGGGCUGUAAUAAAGGUAAUGAAAUAUCUCCUGAGCUCACACAAGCGUCAGUGAGCUAA